AUGCAACAUCCACCACCGCAGCGGCAACACCAGCCGCAGUGGCGAGGCGCAACUGACCCCAGAGGCACACGCGGUAACAAUGAAGGCAGCAGUGGUGGAAGGCGGAAAGUGCCAAUCCUAUCACAUAACCAGAGGCAGCUCAGCAAGGCUCGGGAUCGGGCACCUGGCUCAGCUCCUCCGACGCCGCCUGGACUGAGGAGCCGGCGCAGUGAUGCCGCGCUUGGAGGCCCAGAAGGCGGGCCUCGUGCUGGAUGGAGCAGGCGGCCUGAUGCUGAUGCUCAACGUGACCGGACGGCUGUGGCAGCUCCCGCCGAUUAUCUCGGCCUCCAGGAGGCGAACCUGUGGCUGCAGGACGACAAGCUGCGGCUGCGCAGGCUCUGCGGCUUCCUGGACGCCGCCGACCGGCACAAGGCGGGCAGCGCGCGACCUGUGGCGGCGUUGUGGGCGCCUCGUUGCCUGCGCCUGCGGCACGAGGUGGCCCCGCGAGCCCCCGAAGCUGCGGGAACUCGAGGCGCGCCGGGAGGCCCUGCUGGGCAGGACCCUGGAGCUCAUGGAGCCCUGCUGCUGCCGCUGCCGCUGGACCAGGAGGAGCGGGGACGCGGGCGGCGGCACCGGCUGCCACAGAUCGAAGGACUGCCGGGCCGGCUUGAGCGGGCGGUAGGCGGGCGGCGCGGGCUAAGGCAGCAGGCCGAGCGCCGCAGCGGCGGAGGCCCAGGCCGCUACCCACGCUUCCCGGCCCUGCUGCUGCCCCCUCAGGCCGCACGAGGACCCCCGGAAGACAAGGCCGUCACCCCGCACACGUCCCUGGACGACCCACCACUGAAGCGUGCUCUAUGGCCCGCGCGGUAA